GGGGAGCAAGAUGGCUUUUUUGAGUCAGCACUUGCGCGAGCUGCAGGGACCUUUGCUCCCACCCAAGGACUUGGUGGAGGAGGACGAUGACUGUCUGAAGGAGGACGUGGAGGAGGAUGAAGACCUGGAGUUUGUCGAUGCCGAGGAGCUCUGCAGUGGGGGCGUAAAGGCGGGCACCCUCCCGGGGCGCCUUCGCGUUGUAAUUUCUGAUGAAAACACUCAAGAGCAAUGUGACGUGUUUGGACGUUUUCCAGUAACGGGUCCUUGGUGGCGAGUGAAGGUGCAAGUGAAACCUAUGGGAUCAAGGAGCUAUCAAGUUCAAGGAUUUCCAUCUUACUUUUUACAGUCUGAUAUGUCACCACCAAAUCAAAAACACAUCUGUUCCCUGUUUCUUAAAGACUGUAAUUUCCCCAGUGAUUAUAUAAAUAAAUUUUUAGCAUGGGUAAAUGCUGUAUCAAGCUUUAAAAACCUAAACUUUGAAAAUCUUAGGGAAACAUUAAGAACUUUCCAAAAGGAAACUGGAAGGAAUGGUCAAAAAAAGUCUACACAGAAUGAACAGGAAGAGUCUCUACCAGAAAACGAGAUGUGGCUCCCUGUGGAAAACACAAUUCCGUUUAAAAGUAUAAUGACAGCUUUGCAGUUUCCAAAAGUAAUGGAAUUCCUUCCAGUUCUUCUGCCUCGACACUUUAAACGGCUCUUAAGCUCAGGUUCUAAGGAGGUGUUGGAAGACCUAGAAGAGAUGUUAGGUACACAUCCAUGGAAACUUGGAUUUAGUAAAAUAACCUACACAGAACUGAAGCUUUUGCAAUGUGAGGCGAGCUGGACAUCAUUUUGUCAGUGCAAGUCUCUUCUCCAGCUGAUGAGUGAUUUGGAGAAGAAUUCAUUAAUAAUAUAUUCGAAACUGAGGCACAUAUGUCGAGACCAAGGGCACACGUGCAUUGAAGAAGCUGACUUAACUUCUAAGUUGUCAGACCAUAUGUCCUUCCAAGACGCUUGGCAGUCUCUGAAGUUUUUGAAGGACAUUGGUGUGGUGACAUACGAGAAGGGCUGUGUCUUUCUUUAUGACCUUUACCAGGCUGAGCGAGGCAUUGCCUCUUCAAUAUGUGACCUGAUGACGAGGACUCCAUGGCAUUUACAUGUCGAUGUCAAGAGGGUGCUUGCGUUAAUUCACACUACAAAACCUGAGAAAUCAGGAAGCGACGAGACACUGAAUGAAAGUCAACCGGAUGAAACGGGUUUAGAAAAUCCUGUGGAUGUUCUGGACUCACAGGACAGUGGUGACCAUGUUUGCAGUAACGGUGAAAGUGAAGUGAAUGUAGAAACAAGUGAAGGUCAGCUGGAUCAGGAUCAGGUGGCUGCUUUGGAAAUGGUUUGCUCCAACGCCGUGACGGUCAUCAGUGGGAAAGGUGGUUGUGGGAAGACCACCAUUGUUAGCCAUCUUUUUAAGCAUAUGGAGCAGUUGGAAGAAAGAGAGGUAAAAAAAGCUUGUGAGGACUUUGAACAAGACCAGGAUGUCUCAGAAGAAUGGAUCACCUUUACCGAGCAAAGCCUCCUGAAGGCAGACAAGGCGAUAGAGGUGUUACUGACAGCACCAACGGGGAAAGCGGCUGGCUUAUUGCGAGAGAAGACUGGUUUUAACGCUUAUACGCUGUGUCAGGUCAAUUAUAGCUUUUAUUUAUGGGAGAAAAAAAGCCCGGCCAAGAACCGUCCAUGGAAAUUUUCUUCAGUUAGAGUUCUGGUUGUGGAUGAAGGGAGUUUGGUAUCUGUCAGAAUCUUCAAAUCGGUUUUAAAGUUAUUGUGUGAGCACUCCAAACUUUCUAAGCUUAUUAUCCUUGGUGAUAUUAGACAGUUGCCCAGCAUCGAACCUGGUAACUUGCUGAUAGAUCUUUUUGAGACUCUUAAGUCAAGAAAUUGUGCUAUUGAACUAAAGAAAAACCAUAGAGCAGAAUCUGAGCUAAUUGUCAACAAUGCCACAAGAAUCUCAAGACGCCAAUUUCCAAUAUUUGAUGCAGAGCUGAAUAUCUCUGAUAAUCCAACACUCCCUGCCUCAAUACAAGAUAAAACAUUUAUUUUUAUCAGACUCCCAGAAGAGGAUGCCAGCUCUCAGUUAUCGAAAAAUGAUCCUCACUCUUAUUUAUAUUCUGCAGUUAGAACCUUACUCAAAGAAAAUGACCUACAAGAUGCGCAAACAUCCCAAUUUAUUGCCUUUAGAAGGCAAGACUGUGACGUCAUCAACGCCUGCUGUUGCAAGCACUACACGGGCCACCUAAUCAAAGACCAUCGGAAUAGACUUCAGUUUGGAGUUGGUGAUAAAAUUUGUUGUACCAGGAAUGCAUAUCUCUCGGAGUUACUCCCUGAAAGUACCUCUCCCAGUCAGGAAAGUAAUGAACGAGAGGCCAGUGGUGAAGACUUUAGUGGUACUCCUCAUGGUUUUGCUAAAAAUAAGCAUGACUUUGAAAGUGAUAUUCGACUCUGCAAUGGAGAAAUAUUUUUUAUAACAAAGGAUGUCACUGAUGUAACUUUUGGAAAGAGAAGAUCUUUGACCAUUAAUAAUGCAGCUGGCUUGGAAAUAACGGUGGACUUUGAAAAACUAAUGAAAUAUUGUCACAUUAAACAUGCAUGGGCAAGAACUAUCCACACUUUUCAGGGGUCUGAGGAGAAGACGGUGGUGUACAUGGUUGGGAAGGCGGGCCGUCAGCACUGGCAGCACGUCUAUACCGCCGUGACCAGGGGCCGCUGCAGAGUGUAUGUCAUCGCGGAAGAGUCUCACCUCCGGAGCGCAAUUACGAGAAACAGUGUUCUCAGAAGAACUCGCUUAAAACAUUUUUUGCAAAACAAGCUCUCCACGAGCUGUGCGUCUCCAGCAGACUUCGCCUCCCUGUCCAGGAGCUCUGGAGAGAGCAGAGGACUGAGCACACAGGCCUCAGCAUCCUCAGUCCCUCCAGUCACAACCACCAAUGUGACAGCCGGUGUCCCUGGAAGCAGGGCCUCUGCGGCUGAUGACAGGACGUUCGCCUUUCCUGAAGGACGGAAAUUACCUUCAUCCGAUGAAGUGGAUCCAGGGGAAGAUCCAUCAGAACUUCGUGGGUCCAAAAGAGCCUGUGGCCUGAGUGGUGUGGAAAGUCCAAGCAAAAUCCGGAUGGUAGGAGUGGAAGAAUCCUCCCCACAAGUGUCUUCCAGACUUCAGAAUUUGAGACUAAAUCGUUUAACCCCCAGGCAACUUUUCAUGUCCACAAAUAAUCAAGAAACUUAA